AUGUCCAACAGCAGCUCCAUCACCCAGUUUCUCCUCCUGGCAUUUGCAGACACGCGGGAGCUGCAGCUCUUGCACUUCUGGCUCUUCCUGGGCAUCUAUCUGGCUGCCCUUCUGGGCAACGGCCUCAUCAUCGCCACCAUAGCCUGUGACCACCGCCUCCACACCCCCAUGUACUUCUUCCUCUUCAACCUCUCCCUCCUCGACCUGGGAUCCAUCUCCUCCACUCUCCCCAAGUCCAUGGCCAAUUCCCUCUGGGACACGAGGGCCAUCUCCUACUUGGGAUGUGCUGCACAAGUCUUUUUCUUUCUCUUCUUGAUUGUAGGGGAGUAUUUUCUUCUCACUGUCAUGGCCUAUGACCGCUACGUUGCCAUCUGCAAACCCCUGCACUAUGGGACCCUGCUGGGCAGAAGAGCUUGUGUCCACAUGGCAGCAGCUGCCUGGGGCAGUGGGUUUGUCAAUGCUCUGCUGCACACUGCCAACACAUUUUCACUACCCCUCUGCCAAGGCAAUGCUGUGGACCAGUUCUUCUGCGAACUGCCCCAGAUCCUCAAGCUCUCCUGCUCAGACUCCUACCUCAGGAAGGCUGGGCUUCUUGUGUUGGCUUUUUCUUUAUCUUCAGGGUGUUUUGUUUUCAUUGUGCUGUCCUAUGUGCAGAUCUUUAGGGCUGUGCUGAGGAUCCCCUCUGGGCAGGGACGGCUCAAAGCCUUUUCCAUGUGCAUCCCUCACCUGGCCGUGGUCUCCCUGUUUAUCAGCACUUCCAUGUUUGCCUACCUGAAGCCUCCAUCCUCCAUGGAGGAGUCCCCAUCUCUGGACCUACUGGUGGCAUUUUUGUAUUCGGUGCUGCCUCCAGCAGUGAACCCCAUCAUCUACAGCAUGAGGAACAAGGAGCUCAAGGGUGCACUGAAGAAGCUGAUUCAAUCAUUUGUCUUUCAACAGCGAUAA